AUGAAGGCUCUAACCACACCCGCUAAAGCUUACUUUUGUACCGUCGUCUCUGCCUUUGGGGUGGUUAUUCUUGGGUUCCUUGGGAUGCUUUUCCACCAGGGACACGAGGCUUUACUUGGAUCAACCAGUGCCCCAGAAGACGGUGUAGCUGUGUCACACACUUUGUGGGGCGCUGCAUUUGUCUACGCCUUGUUUUUAGGAUUCUGUGGGUGUCAGAUUGCGGUCAUUCGUAAUAAUUCCAGAAUCAAGCUUUGA